CAUCGGAGAGACAGGUUCAUGCGUCGGAUUGUAAGUGUGACACGCACACACAGUCGCCAGUUGGCUACAGUCGGUCUAUCAGCUGUGCAACGCAGUGUGUAUACUGCAAAGAAGAACGUGUGUCGGUUUUUACUCGCGCGAGAUAUUCUAGACAAGGUUGUUUAAUAAUAGAGUAUUAUCACGAUUCGCGGACGCGAUCCUGACCAACUGCCGCACGUUGCGGAUUGCGAAUCACGAAUAUCACGAGCCAUAUGAUUUUGUUCGACGUGCUACACGCACGCCACGCAUCUUCGUUUAUUCUGACCAUUGCACGACACAAUACCACUCGACUGGCAUCAACAGUGCCGUAUCACACUCGGUGGGUUUUAGUUCAAAACAAGGUUUUAUAUCGUAAUCUCCGAUCGAAGAAGUAGCAGGACCGCCGCGGGAAACGUGUAAUUGGGCCAUAUGGAUCGAGCAAGAGGACGAACCUCGAUGGGUAAUUGUCGCUCCAGAAAGCUUGGUAUUUGCGUGAGUGUGGUUGCACUCGGGAUCUUCAUCGCUUGCACACUAUUAGCAUACACUGCGUUUGCAUCUCCGGUUACUAAUCAUGCUACGUUACAGCAGGUGGUUUUCCUGUUUCGUCACGGCGAUCGAACUCCCACAGAGACUUACCCUAAGGACCCUUACAUAAAUUAUACGUGGCCCGGUGGCUGGGGCGCCUUAACCAAGAAAGGAAUGCUUCAACUAUAUAACCUGGGUCAGUGGAUUCGCUCGGAAUACGGUACUAUAAUCGGUAAUAAAUUUGAAAGCGCAACAACACUGGUGCAUAGCACCGAUGCGGAUCGAUGCAUUAUGUCGGCACAGGCAUUACUUGCCAGAUUGUUUCUACCAAAUCCUGAGGACAUGUUCAUACCCGGAUUGGAGUGGACGCCCGUUCCUGUUCAUGCGAUACCACGAAACUUGGACAAGUUGUUAGCAGUAAAAGCACCGUGCCCGAGACUGGCGGAAGCAUUAAAACAAGCAUAUAUAAACGAGGAGAAAAGAUCGGGCGCAAAAAUGGCCGAUUAUUACAAAGAACUGACGAGCCAUACCGGACAGAAUAUGACAACAAUCACCGAUGUCGAAUUUCUUUACAACACUCUCGAGAUCGAAGAACAACACGACUUAAAGCUGCCGACAUGGACGCAGAAAUUUUAUAAUAACGAGAUGCGCGAAAUAGCAACUCGCAGCUUAGCAAUUUUCACCGAGAGCACCACUCAAAAACGUCUAUUGCGAGGUCCGCUGCUGAAAGAAAUUUUGCACGGUAUGGAGGAGACUAGAACUAGUUCUACCCCGAAACGAUCUUAUUUUUAUUCCGCCCACGAUAUAACUAUAGUAAACGUGCUGAGAACGAUGGGAUUUACGAAUGAACUUUUUAAACCCGAUUAUGGUGCGAUGCUCAUAUUCGAGCUGCAUCUUGUCAAUAAUGGAGCUGAUCAAGAAGUAAAGGCACUAUAUUUAAACAGUACGGAAACGAGUACAACGCAUCCUAUGAAAAUUCCUAACUGCGCGAGUCCUUGUCUAUUGCAAAAUCUCAAGCAAGUAUGGCGAAAAGUAAUUCCGAAUGAUUGGGACGCAGAAUGUAAAAUGAUUGUCAAUAUGUUCAGCUGGCUAAAUCGCGAAGAAAACAACAAGCAAGAUCUGUUUGAAAAUGUCACUGACGGCCUCAAGAGAAUAUACAAAUCCAAAUUGUUACCAUUGGAACAAUAUUAUCAAUUCCAUGACUUUCAUUCACCACAAUUAGAUGACCCAGAUUUUGAUGCAAAACCCAUGAUUCUCUUAGUUGGGCAAUAUUCCACUGGCAAAACUACAUUUAUUAAAUAUCUGUUGGAGAGAGAAUUUCCUGGCAUUAGAAUCGGACCAGAACCUACUACAGACCGAUUUAUAGCAGUUAUGUAUGAGGAGAAGGAAGGUGUCAUUCCUGGAAAUGCAUUGGUUGUGGAUCCAAACAAACAGUUCAGGCCACUUUCAAAAUUUGGCAAUGCAUUCUUAAACAGAUUUCAGUGUUCAACAGUAGCUUCGCCUGUUUUAAAAGGCAUAUCUAUAGUUGAUACACCUGGUAUAUUGUCUGGUGAAAAACAACGAGUGGACAGAGGAUACGACUUUACUGGUGUUUUGGAAUGGUUUGCUGAACGUGUAGAUAGGAUUAUAUUGUUGUUUGAUGCUCACAAACUUGAUAUAUCAGACGAGUUUCGUAGAUCUAUUGAGGCUCUACGUGGACAUGAUGAUAAAAUUAGGAUUGUUCUUAAUAAAGCUGAUAUGAUAGAUCAUCAACAACUCAUGAGAGUAUAUGGUGCAUUGAUGUGGUCUUUAGGAAAAGUGUUACAAACUCCAGAAGUGGCCAGAGUUUAUAUUGGCUCUUUUUGGGAUCAGCCACUAAGAUAUGAUGUUAAUAGAAGACUAUUUGAAGAUGAAGAACAGGAUUUAUUCAAAGAUAUGCAGUCGCUGCCUAGAAAUGCUGCAUUGAGAAAACUUAAUGACUUAAUUAAAAGGGCACGUUUGGCAAAGGUGCACGCAUAUAUAAUAAGCGCUUUGCGGAAAGAUAUGCCAAGUAUGUUUGGCAAAGAUACCAAAAAGAAAGAACUAAUAAAGAAUUUAGGUCAAAUUUAUGAUCAAAUUCAAAGAGAACAACAGAUUUCGCCUGGUGAUUUUCCAGAUCUGAAGAAAAUGCAAGAAUGCUUAGCACAUCACGAUUUUAGUAAAUUUAAUCCUCUGAAACCUAAACUUUUAGAAGUAGUAGACAAGAUGCUUGCUGAAGACAUCGCAAAGCUUAUGGCUAUGAUACCACAUGAAGAAAUCACUAAAAUUUCGGAACCACUUAUUAAAGGAGGUGCAUUCGAAGGUGUAGAAGAUCAAGUUAGUCCAUUUGGAUACAAAAGAGGAGAAGGAAUUGAUGCAGGAGCAGGUGAACCAGAAUGGAUUGUUAAUAAAGAAAGAUACAAGUAUGAUAGCAUGUUUGAAUCGCUUGGACCACAAGAUGGAAAAAUUACGGGAGCAGCGGCCAAAUCAGAAAUGGUCAAAUCCAAAUUGCCGAACAGCGUACUUGGAAAAAUCUGGAAACUUUCGGACAUCAAUAAAGAUGGAUUCUUAGACUCUGAUGAAUUUGCAUUAGCCAUGCAUCUAAUUAAUGUAAAACUCGAAGGCUAUGACCUUCCGACUGAGCUGCCAGAACAUUUAAUACCACCAUCAAAACGCGAUAUAUAAUAUACGAUUUUUAUAUCGUAAUUUAUUAUAUUUCAUAAAUGGCUACGUGCUUGGACCCAAAAAACUAUUGGACGUUAAGUUUACAGGUUUGACAACUGUAAUGUUACAUUUUAUGAUCAGCUGUAUCAUCUUACGUGCAUAUUGUGUUCUUUUAAUAAUAUAUCAAGGCCGGGGAUGAUAAUUUGCAAUUUUUAGAGUUACCAUAUGAUCAAUUAAUAAAAGAUGCAUCACUAUUUUUCAAAUAUAAUUUUUUUUAAUUGACAUAACAAAUUAUACAAUACGCGAUGCUUAUUACUCUGACAUUAUUAUUAUAUAAACAAUUUAAAAUAUAUUUUUUUUAAAGAUAUUGAGUUAUUAAUUUAUACAAUUGAAUCUUUGGCCUUGGAAUUGCAUAUUUUAUAACUUUAUAAUCAUACGUCUUGAAGUACGGAUUGUCGUUGAUCAAUGAAUAAGAGACUGUAUUGAGAUAUAUUAAAACAAAUAGCUUUUUCUUUUUAAAGGGUAUUAUGCAGGAUAUUUCUAAGGGAUUUAGUCUAAUUUUAGGAACAUGUGCUCAGAAUGAAAUAAGCUUAUAUUAAACUUAAAGUAUUGACAAAUACCUUAUGCGUGAUAAGAAAUCUACAUAAAUUAAAAUCAACUUCUUAUUUACAAUUAACAGAAUAUGUUUCCAAAGUUAGACCAAAUCUUUUGAAAUAUCUUGUAAAAGAUAUGUAAGAAGAUAGAGAAUAUAUGAGAAGAUAUAAGACUGGAAUACAAAUAUAAAUUUUGCAUAAUCUAAAAAAAUUUAACUUUUAAAUUAUAUUUUCGUUAAUAAUUUAAAUUAUAUUUUCGUUAAUAAUAGGAACUACUAUUUUAUGCUGUACAUUGAGAAAAAUCUUUUUCAUCAAAUUCUUAAUCUAAUAAAAACAUUUAAAACUUUUAAAAGUAAUAAAAAU